GAGAUGCCAAGCCCAACCCGGAAACAGCAUCACGAGUGAAACUGAAUUGCGCCGACGACGACGAGCUCGCCAAAAACCCUCGAGGGACCCCUUGAUACUCGAUAGUAUCCCCCCCAAAUCGCCCACCUAAUCUGUGCGCCGCCCCGUACAACCAGACAAUCCCUCACAAUGGGCUCGAGCUCGUCGAAGCCAGCGGCUACCGCUCCCCAGACCUGGAAGGCCCCCGGCUCAGCAGGCCUCUCCGCCGAGCUCGUCCAACACCUCCAGUCCUCCCCCGAGACCGACGCCUCCCGCCUCCAGGCCAUCGAGCUUGAGAUCCAAGCCCGCGUCGCCGCCGAGCUCAAGCGUCUCCGCGACCAAGAAUCUGAAGCCCUCCGCGCCGCCCAGGCCAAGCUUGCCGAUUCGACUGACGACAAGACCGCCGACGACAACUCCAAGACUUCGUAUACUGUCUCCAAAGAAGUGCAAGCUCUCCAGAAGAAGCUUGAGGAGCGCAAGAGGAUCCGGUCUCAGCUGCCGGAGAGCCUGGAGAAUGCUCGGUCUGGGGUGGUGAGGUGCUUGAGGGAGAAUGACAGGCGGCCGUUGGACUGCUGGAGGGAGGUGGAGGCUUUUAAGGAGGAGGUGAGGAGGGUGGAGAAGGGGUGGGUUGAGAAGGUUGUUAGUUAGGGGUGGUAACGAAGUUGGUGGUCGGAGGAAACGAAGGCAAGGGGCCGAGAGCGGUGUUCAUAGAGGGAUUAAAACGAGGUGAAGAUGACGAACCACCCAGAGUUGGCUUUGAGAGCACUGACCAAGGGGGGUCAAACUUGUAUCAUAUCGAAGGGUGCCGAGGGCUGGUGGGAGAUAUCACUCAGUCGAGGCUUAAAAGUGAGCAGCUAUAGACAAUGGACUGGAAAGCAAGGCAAGCAGGCGUUCAAAUCGCAUUUCACCACCCCCAAAAAUGAUGAAAUGUUUCAACUUUAGCUUGUUUAUUUUACAGAACCUCAGGAGGCUCAAGUAUGAUUCCUAUACCACCCUGCUCACUUUGCUGCUCCUUUUCAGUCGUCUCCUGCUUCUCCUUCUCAAGUUCCUGUUUUC